CAGCUCUAACCCGGAAGCACAAAAGUGUUAUUAUGCUAAUGUGUCAACACAUUGGGGUGGAAACUAUAGGUUAGACAGAGAAAGCCUAGAGGAUAUGCAUUGAUGUUUGUGUAGUUCGUUGCAGAAGAUCAGUAGGAAGUUUGGGUUUUUGUGAGGAAGUUGACAAAAAGUCGCAAAGGACGAGAAAACGAAGCGAAGCUGCGUGGGUUCUGUACUGUUAGCAAAGAAAGCUAACUGGCUGUUUCCACUUCUUGGCUCCUGACUGGGCAGAGGGAUGUCCUGCAGCUUGUUUGAGUUUUGUAGGAUCCAAGAACUCAGGACGGUUCGGGACUUCUUGUUUCAGACCCAAACAGCAGGACCGGCUGCGGAGCAGAAUCAAACAGAAAACGAGCUGUCCUGGGACACCUCCGACUGGGAAGCAGCAUGGGACGAGAAGAAAGAGGAAGGAUCAGCUAGCGCCAAAACGGUGGAGGAGGAGACCUCGGGUCAGAGUGAACCCUGGCUGCAGGACUGCGUCGUGUCCCUGUCGCCCUGCGCCGACCUGCUGGUUGUGGCUCGAGAGCAGAAGGCCGUCUUUCUCUCAGCCAAAUGGUGCACGGACGGAAGUGGCCGAGAGGCGAUGACGCUGGCCGUGUCCUGGACCGGAACCCUCAGCGCCGAAGAGGGGGAGUGUGUGAACAGCGUUAUUGCCAUCCCUCUGGCCAGCCAGAAGAGGAGCUCCACUGGGCGGCCUGAUUGGACCUGUGUGGUUGUGGGCUUCACGUCUGGCUAUGUCCGCUUCUACACAGAGAACGGGGUUCUGCUCCUGGCCCAGUUGCUGCACCUGGACCCUGUACUGAGACUCAAAUGCCGUACUUAUGAGAUUCCUCGCCACCCUGGAGUAACCGAGCAGCACGAGGAGCUCAGCAUCCUGUACCCCGCUGCUCUGGUCACCAUCGACGGCUUCAGCCUCUUCCAGUCGUUGCGCGCCUGCAGGAACCAGGUGGCCAGAGCUGCAGCAGCUGGUAGUGAUGUGGUUCCUCCUCCCCCUUUGGCCUACAAGAAGUGGGGGCUGCAGGAGAUGGACGCCAUUGUGGACCACAGCAGUGUGGGCGUUACAACGCUGUGUGUUUUUGACCAAAUGAAAAACGCCUCCACCCUGGGAGGCUUCAGCGCCACGGUGAAAGGCAGCCCUCCCGCCAUGAGCCAGUUUGUCACGGUGGGAGCCGGACCGUUCACGGGCUUCUACUACGCUGUGGAGGGCAGCUCCCAGCCUCUCCUGUCCCACGUGGCUCUGGCUGUGGCCAGUAAACUCACCUCUGCCCUCUUCAGUGCUGCCAGUGGCUGGUUGGGUUGGAGCAAAAACAGAAAUAAGAACGAAGAGGAAGCUGCUCAGAAACAGAAACCCAAAGUGGAGCCCGCAACCCCCUUAGGGAUCAGAUUUGGUCUUCCGGACUCCCGGCGCCACGGAGAGUCCAUAUGUCUGUCUCCUUGCAACACGCUCGCUGGAGUGACGGAUGACUUUGGUCGAGUGACGCUGUUGGACCUGGCCAGGGGCAUCGCCAUCCGCAUGUGGAAAGGUUACAGAGACGCCCAGCUGGGCUGGCUGCAGGUUCAGGAGGAGCGUGGUGAUCGGGAGUUCUCCCCGUCUGCCUCCCUUCCCAGACGUCACGCUUUGUUCCUCAUCAUCUACGCUCCUCGCAGAGGAAUCCUGGAAGUGUGGGCCAUGCAGCGGGGCCCUCGGGUCGGCGCUUUCACCGUGGGCAAGCAGUGCAGGUUGCUGUUUGCCGGCUACCGUCUGAUGGGGGUGAACAGUGUGACCAGUCAGGGCUGGCAGCUCCACACGCAGCAGGUGUGUCUGCUGGAUCCCACCACAGGAGCUCUGAGGAGCAUCAACAUUCCCUUCCACCUGGCUCUCAGUGACAAAAAAAACGAGCGGGCCAAGGACAUGCACCUCUUAAAGAGGCUGACGGCUCUAGUGAAGAGCGGCGACGAGGAUCCCGAAACUUUGGAGAGUGAAGCAAAAAGCGUCCUGUUGGAAAUUAAACACCCGGUUAUUAAGAAACAGGCUUUGGAGUCUCUGCUGUCAAACGAGGGCACGCCUGUCUCUUGUCUCACCAACAUCACGAGGGCCUUACACGACACCUUAAAGCAGCAGGCUGCUGAUGAAGUGGAGGCGUCGCUGCUGCAGCUCUGCUCCUCACAGCUGAAACUUCUUCAGCUCUUCACAGACAUCCAGCAGCUGCAGCUGGCUGAAAACACCGAGGCCUGCUCUGGAAAUCGGGACUCCCUUGAAGGCAUGGGGGAGGAGUUGUCGCGCGCUGAACCAGCCUUGCGGCGCUACGCUAACUUUAACGCCAAACCCAGCGUUUCCUUUGCUCAGGACUCUCCCGACACACCUUUACCUGCCCACACUUUCCUGUCCCUGCUGGAGUGUACAGAGGGGGGCGAGGUUAAGGUGGUCCGCAGGUCCGAUGCGGAAUGGAACCAGCUAGGAACUUUCGUGUUCUGGGGUUGUUUAUGUGGUCAGAGCUCCAUCCAUAAAGUGUGUGACACACUGGAGCAGGCGGGCCUCAGUCCACAGCAGCUACUGUCUUUGCUGCUGAGCGUGUGGCUGCAGAGGGAGAAGGAGGUGCUGCAGAAACCUGCAGAAACCGUUGGAAACCUGCACUCACUGCUUGUUGCUCUUAGCGAAAUGAAAGGGGCAGUUGACGAGUCCUGGGACCCGCAGUCCGUGUCCCCCUGGUGGCAGCAGGUCCGGUCCGCGUGCAUCCAGUCUCACAACGCUGCUGCCGCGCUGCUGGCUGCUUCGGUCGCUCAUCGUGCUGCCAAAGCCGCCAUCGCAAGCAGAGCCGAUAGCAAGUUGCAGUCGGAGUGGGAGGCGGUGUCGUUGGAGCUGGAGCAGUGGGCGGUGUGCGUUCGCCAGCUGGAGGAUGUGCUGGUGCUGCAGACUCUACUGCUGGUACCUCCUCCUCAGGGAGCAGCAGGAGGCGCAGCAGCUCAGUGCUCCAUUAAAACCCUACUGGAGGGAGGAACAGGCGGCAUCGCAGACCAUGUUUCCAAGUGGGUGUUCAGGCAAAACAUGUCGCCAGAGCGGCUGAAGGAAAUCCUCCAGAAGAAGGAAACGUGUGAGCAGGAAGGAGCUGAGGAGACCGAUGAGAGCGAAGACAGAACAGCGGAACUGUUGGUGGCGGUCUGUCAGCGGUUCCCACACUCCCUCGCUCCUGACUUGCUCUUUGCUCACUGCUGCUGGGAAUAUGUAGUGCAGUGGAACAAAGACCCAGAGGAGGCCCAGCGUUUAUCCUGCGCUGUAGAACAUUUAAAGCUCAUCUCCAGUCCCCACAUCCAGCUAGGUAUUUCCACGAUGAUGUGGAGCACGUUCGUAGUCAAGCGUUUUUCAGCAGCAGCCUACCUCGUGGAGAAGGUGGGGAAAGCUCCCAAAGAUCGCUUAUGUCGACGGGAUGUCGGGAUGGGAGACAAAGCCAUGACGGCUUUCCUGAGCUGCUGCAUGCAGCUGCUGCAGAUCCUCAUGGAGGUGACUGCGUUACUGGUUAAGAGCCAGAGCUCUUUGUCUUUUAUGCCUUUCUAUGCGGACUCCUCCACGGAGGACGUUCCAGCUCCGGAGCCGUCUGUGGAGGAAGUGUGGAGUGGAGCUGAGGGCCCCGCCUCCAUCGCUGAGCUCGCCCUGGACCAGAGAGGCGUUCACUUCCCUCUGGUCCAGCACCACUGCCUGUUAGCGUCCCUGCUACAUGCUGCCAUGAGCUUCGGUGUCAAAGUCAAACCUCUCAGUCUGUUUGACAGCAAGGGUAAGAACGCCUUCUUCAGAGAUCUGACCACCAUCCAGCUGAUGCCCAGUGGAGACAUGGACCCCGGUUUAGUAUCACAGCGUCAAGAGUUUCUCUUCCGGGUGCUGACUGCGUGGGUGCAGGCGAUAGAUGGCGUUUCCAGCUCCGCCUCCGCUCCGCCUCUGCCUUCUGCUGGGCCCAAAGCUGACUGGUGGCCCUCCUUGUGUCUGGAGCUGGGCUCCCUGCUGCAGGUCAACCCGGACAUCCUGCGCCGACACCUCGUCUGCGAGCUCUACAACCAAGGCCUGGACCUGCGGGCGGAAGAGGUGAUGCUAGAGGUAGAAGAUAAGGAUGUUCUUGGCUCCCAGCUCUUGGUUCUGACUGGACAGCGGCUCAGCUACUCUCUGCUCCACAACCAGGACCAGACCCAGGCUGCCAUGGAGCUGCUGGCCCGCCUGCCCCCCACCCUCUGCACAUGGCUGAAGGCUAUGGACCCCAGCGACCUCAGGUGCCCGCUGGUCUCUCUGCCGCAGACCAGCCGCCUGGUGAGCCGUCUGAUCGAGAUGCUGCCGGAGAAUCACGCCCAGUACACCCUGGCUUUGCACCUACAGGAAGCGGUGGACGUCCUCACCACUUAGGACUGACCUUUGACCUGGAGACGGAAGCAGGCAAAGGCUAUUAUUGACUUUGCACUAAAAAGCCUCUCCUCCAUUUCAUGGAGGUUUUGACCUUCGGAUCAUUUAGAGAACGGCGUUUAACGCGGCAACUUUUAACCUUUUUUUAAUUCUUCCUGUUUUCCGGGCACAUCAUGGCUGAAUUAUUGUGUUGGGACUCGGAGCGGGUCUGCUUUUCUCUCGUUUUGCUCUCAUGCCACACGCUGAAUCUGUUUCUCUCGCUCAGACUAGACAUGUAUCAUAAAGAAAUACGGAAGUUGUUAUUAUUUAAAUAUGUGCUGCUGGGUCUUCUGUAACUCCACGUCCAGAUGCUCGGACAAAGCUCUUACGCAGAUUAAAGAGGCUUCUCAGAAA